AAAGCAUCUUAUGAUCUUCUAUUUCCUUACCCAAAAAAAGAAAAAAAAAUUCUUUUAUUUCAGGUAGAUGAGAAUAAUCAUAACAUAUCGUGGGAAGCACUGGGCUAUUGUGGACCAGAUCCGGAUUUCAAGAAAGAGUCUCAAGAAACUGAGAGAACUGGACAAGAAGGAGAUGGAAAUAAAGAGAAGCUUGUAGGACCUCUUUAUAGAGGUAUCAUUGACAUAACACAACCAAGGGAAGUUCUCUCAGCAACCCUUGAGCGAUCAGGAUUUUCUGUGUCACUUCACCAUCAUCUACCCACUAAUAAAAAACCCCACUCAUCUCUAUCUUCUCCUUCUUUAACCAUCCAAUGUGAUGUGGUGGUUGUGGGUUCUGGUUCUGGUGGUGGAGUUGCUGCUGGUGUUCUUGCCAAAGAAGGCUACAAGGUUCUUGUCCUAGAAAAAGGAAACUACUAUGCAAGAAGCAAUCUGUCACUUCUUGAAGGACCAACUAUGGAUCAAAUGUAUCUAAAUAAUGGAUUACUGGUUACUGAUGAUUUGGGUGUGACAAUUCUGGCUGGCUCAACUGUUGGUGGGGGUUCUACAAUUAAUUGGUCAGCUUCUAUUAGAACUCCAGAUCAUGUAAUCAAGGAAUGGUGUGACACUCAUGAGCUUGAGUUAUUUGAUAGCAAGCUUUAUAAACAUGCAUUGGAUGUAGUUUGUGAGCGUAUGGGAGUUCAAUCUGAUUUUGAUGAAGAAGGAUUCAACAAUGCAGUGUUAAGAAAAGGGUGUAAUGAGUUGGGUUAUCCAGUAAACAACAUCCCUCGAAAUUCAACUUCAGAUCACUAUUGUGGGUGGUGUUGUUUUGGGUGCAAGGAUGGGAGAAAGAAGGGUAACUCAGAGACAUGGCUAGUGGACUUGGUGGAGUCAGGUAAUGGUGUAAUACUACCAGGUUGCACAGCUUUAAAAGUCUUACACGAGAGGACUACCAGGAGAUCAAUAAAUGGAAACACUUCGACUGCGAAAGGGGUAGCCUUCGAAUUCAACAAUGGAGGGGAAAAAGAUAUAUGUGUGGUGAAGUCGAAGGUUACAAUUGUUGCAUGUGGUGCACUUUCAACGCCCACGCUAUUAAAGAGAAGUGGAUUGAGGAAUCCAAACAUUGGUAAACACCUUCAUCUUCAUCCUGUGACAAUGGCAUGGGGCUACUUCCCUAAUUCAUCAAAUGGUUUACCUGACUUAUUACAAGAUAAAAAGAGUUAUGAAGGAGGUAUAAUGACAGCAAUGUCCACCGUGGUUGCAAAUUUCGAGGUUUCUGGUGGCCGCGGAGGCUAUGGGGCGGUGAUACAAACACCGGCAUUGCACCCAGGAAUGUUCUCAGCAGUGAUCCCCUGGGUGUCUGGCAUUGACAUAAAAGAGAGAAUGUGCAAGUUCUCAAGGACUGCUCAUAUAUUUGCAUUGGUAAGGGAUAAAGGAUCAGGUACUGUGAACUCAUCAGAUUCAUAUAGUUAUCAAAUGGAUGACAUGGAUGAAGAGAACCUAAGGAAAGGAUUGGAGAAGAUACUUAGGAUAUUGGCAGCUGCAGGGGCUGAAGAGAUUGGUACCCAUCAAGGUGAGGGGAAGAAAUUGAAUGUAAAGCAAGCAAGUAGGCAUGAGUUUGAGAAGUUUGUAAAAGAGGAAAGUAGGAAAAAGCUGAGGGGUUUGUGUUCCACCUUAUGCUCAGCCCACCAAAUGGGAAGCUGUAGGAUGGGAGUGGACCCUACUGAGUCUGUGGUGAACCAAAGGAUGGAGACAUGGGAGGUGGAGGGUCUGUUCCUUGCAGACACAAGCGUAUUUCCUACGGCGUUGGGUGUGAAUCCAAUGGUCACGGCCCAGGCCAUAGCUUAUUGCACUGCUCGCUCUGUUCUUGAUGUCCUUUGGAGGAAGAAGAACUGAAACUGAAUCAGAUAAGCAUGCUACCUGGCUAAAUUUUGUUUUCAGUUCUCUGUUUGAUCCUCCGAAUAAUAAAUUAUUCUUGUGUAUGGAGAAUAUGUAAUCCUUAUAUAUCCAUUAUAUAACUGGAUGUAUUCAUGCUUUGUGGUAAACCUUUCACUUGAUUACCUUACCCCUCUUGUUUAUUUAAAUACUUUAUCUUUGCCUUAUUA